CUUUCUUGUUUUCAUUUCCUUUCAUUGCUUAAUCUGCUGAUCCUCUGUCUUCAGAAUGGCUGAACCAGCAUACACUGUUGCAUCUGAUAGUGAAACAUCUGGGGAGGACAAGCCAUCAUCUGCUUAUACCGAAAUUGCUAUUGGAAUUGAUAUUGGAACUUCACAAUGUAGUGUUGCAGCAUGGAAUGGAUCUGAAGUUCAACUGCUUAAGAAUACUAGAGACCAGACGGUAAUGCGUUCCUACGUCACCUUCAAAGACGAGAUUCCUUCGGGAGGUAUCAGUGACCAUGUUGCUCUCAGUGAGUAUGAAAUAUUCUCAGGUUCUGCAAUCUUCAAUAUGAAACGCUUGGUUGGUAGAAUGGACACAGACCCAGUAGUUCAUGCUAGCAAAAACCUCCCCUUUCUGGUUCAAACUUUAGAUAUUGGUGCCCGCCCAUUUAUUGCAGCCUUGGUGAAAAAUGUUUGGAGGUCUACAACUCCUGAAGAAGUCCUUGCAGUGUUUCUGGUAGAAUUAAGAGCUAUGGCAGAAGUUCAGUUAAGGCGAGCCAUACGGAACAUUGUUCUUACCAUUCCUGUGUCAUUUAGUCGGUUUCAAGUGACACGGAUUGAGCGAGCCUGUGCAAUGGCUGGCCUACAUGUUCUCAGGUUGAUGCCUGAACCAACAGCUGUAGCACUUCUGUAUGCUCAACAACAGCAGCAGAUUGCACAUGAAAACAUGGGGAGUGGAAGCGAGAAGAUUGCACUUAUUUUCAAUAUGGGUGCUGGGUAUUGCGAUGUAGCUGUAACUGCUACAGCUGGAGGAGUUUCUCAGAUCAAAGCUUUAUCUGGCAGUGUUAUUGGGGGAGAAGAUAUACUUCAGAAUGUAAUGCAUCACUUCUUGCCCAAUUUCGACUCUCUUUUUUCAAGCCAUGGCAUUAAUGAAAUCAAAUCAAUCGCCUUGCUUCGGAUUGCCAUCCAAGAAGCUAUCCACAGGCUGACCACUCAGACGAGUGUCCCAAUUGAGGUAAAUUUGUCGAAUGGUUCAAAAAUAAGUAGGACAUUGGACCGUGCUGAAUUUGAGGAGGUAAACAAAGAGGUGUUCAAGAAAUGUGAGGAGCUUGUACUAGAAUGCUUAUCUGAUGCAAAAGUAGAAGUGGAAGACAUAACUGAUGUCAUACUUGUUGGUGGGUGUUCAAGUAUUCCAAAAAUAAGAGACCUGGUUUUGGGUAUGUGUAAAAGGAUGGAUGCUUACUCAGGGAUGGAUCCAUUGCAAGCCGCCGUAUGUGGUGCUGCACUUGAGGGUGCAGUGGCAUCAGGAAUCAGCGACCCAUUGGGGAGUUUGGAUUUGUUGACUAUACAGGUAACCCCACAGAGCCUUGGAAUCAAGGCCGAUGGCAAUAGCUUUGUACCUAUCAUACAUCGGAACGCCACAGUGCCAGCAAGGAAGGAGUUGAUUUUUACCACAACACAAGAUAACCAGACUGAGGCCCUGAUUGUUGUUUACGAAGGUGAAGGGAAGAGAGUGGAAGACAACCAUCUCCUGGGCUACUUCAAGCUCGUGGGGAUUCCGCCAGCACCUAAAGGGACUCCAGAGAUCAGUGUGUGCAUGGACAUUGAUGCUUCUAAUGUGCUAAGAGUGUAUGCUGGGGUCAUUUUGCCUACAAGCCAACAUCCUGCAACACCCUUUAUGGAAGUGAGGAUGCCUACUGUGGAUGGUGGCCAUGGCUGGUGUGCUGAAGCACUGCUUAAGAUGUAUGGGUCUAGUUUAGACUUAAACACUAUACAGAAGAAGAUACUACACUGAUGGGAUUGUUGGUAAGCCUCUGUGUCAGAUUUGUUUGAUUCGGACUUUAUCCAUUAGUGAUCUUGCAAAGUCUCCUUGGAGGACAAUGUGUGCUGUAGUGUUCAUAGAAUUUGUGUACUUUCAUUAUGAGUAUUGCUUAUGUAAUUCUGCUGGUCAUCUCCUUUUUCUUUCUCUUAGUUUCCAGUGACAUCUCAGCUUCUUC